AUGGUUUUCCUGGUACAAGUGUCUGUACGUUUAAAUAAUGACACAGUUACUAAAUCUGUUCAAGCAUAUACGGUACUGGCACUUUUAUCUACUGUGUGGACGAUUUUCACGCUAAUAUGGAUCUAUCAAUCUAACCGUCACUAUGCGAGCCUAAGGAGGAUUGAUUUAAUUCGGCAACAAGAGCUACAAAACGAAAAUUGGCCAGAACUUGAAAAUGGAGUGGCGUGUUUCAAACUACGCUACAUUGUCUGGGAAACUAAAAAAUAUUACUUGACAUUGACGUUGACAGAAUGGGUAACACAAGCAAGAAGUUAG